UACAACUUUGUAAAAUCCCUUUCGAUUCCGUCGAAUAUAUUGCGUCACUGUACCUACUUUCCCAUUCUCCCAAGAACCUUCUCUUCCUCAUUAUUCCCUCCCUCCCUCUCUCUCUCUCUCUCUCUCACGCACACACACUGCAACGAGACAACUCAAGAAACUGGAGUGUCAAGGUCAUGGAGAAUGGACCUCCAACAAUUGGAUUUGAAGAUGGGACAAUUGAUGUUGAGCGUCUGCUUGUAGAACCCCAAGAUGGGCAUGUCUCAGUGGAUAGUGUCAUGUGUUUUAAUGAUAUCGCGGAGAAUGCCAUGGAGAUGGAAGAGGUUUCCCGCCAUUUUGGUGUUCCGAAUACUGCUGUAUCUCAGGAAUGUGGUGAAGAUAUUCUCAAUGGGGAUGUACUUGAUUCAAUGCGUGAAGUUGAAGUUGGAUAUUUUAGAAUGCAGAAUGAUUUCUGUAGCAUGGGAGAAGAGUACCUUCUAGGUGUUGAAUUUGCUGAAAGUAUUACAAAUCUGGAUUAUGGUUCAAGUGAAGGCCUGCAGACUUCAGUGUCAGACAGUCCAGUUCUAGCAUCUGCUGCUGUUACUGACACUCCUUGGAAAGCAGAUCUAUUUAGAGCAAUGGAAGUGCCUGAAUGCCAGAAUCACCAACUUAAUGCUGACAGCUCCAGAUUUGGUGAAAUUUCUGAUCCCUGCCACAAGUCUGAAACAUUCGUUGAGGAGGAGGAGCCGUCAAAGUCUCCUACAUCAUGUGCUUUACAGGAUAUGGGCAAGUUCCAUGAUAUUUCAAGCUGUUCUUUUCAAGAUAUAUUGGAUGAGAAUGACACAAGCCUUUCUCCAUCAGUUGACAUGCUACACAGUCCUAAGAAUGAGAAAAGUAGUGAAUUUGGUGGGCUGACAGGCCAAACUGGUGAGAUCAAAAGAUUCCUGGGGCGGGAUGCAUUAGUAACAACGUCAGCUCCAGCAAGCCACACUAACACUUUUCCUACGCCAAAGAGAUCACGUAAGCCCACACAGAGGUACAUUGAUGAACUAGCAGAUCCGCUUUCCAGACAUUCAAAAAAAAGGCGGGAAGUUUCUUCUUCAAAGUCGUUAGGAGUUAAAGAUCAUAAGAAAUGCCGUCUAGGACCUAGAGCAAUAAGAUUGCCUGCUGAAGAGUCCAGUGUCAAAGCUAUUCAGGUGCCUUUUGGUUCCUUGGUGCAGAAUGAAUGUCCUGAGAGCUGUGCAUAUGAUAUGGUCCGUAGUUCAGAUAGAGGAAACCUGAUGACUAAGUCCAAAGAUAGCCGGAUUAGUUCAGAAAAUCAAAAGAAAAAAGAUGUAUUUGCCGGAGCUAUUCAUCUCAAGAAAAGGGAUGAUAGUGUCUCUGCUGCAACUCAAAAGAAGAGGGAUGACAAUGUUGCUGCAGUUCAUUUAAAGAAAAGGGAAGACAAUGUUACUGCAGUUCAUAUAAAGAAAAGGGAUGACAACAUUACUGCAGUGAGUCCGAAGAAACCGGACGACUGUGACGCAACAGUACGUCAAAAGAAAAGAGAUGACUAUCUCACAGCAGAGAGCUCUGAAGAAGUUAAUGGUCGGAGGAAGCAUCAUAGGUUAUGGACGAUUGCAGAGGUUAAAAAAUUAAUUGAUGGUGUCGCAGAAUAUGGUGUUGGAAGAUGGAGUCGGAUAAAGAAGCUUUUCUUCUCUGCAUCUGCUCAUCGUACUUCUGUAGAUCUCAAGGACAAAUGGCGAAAUCUUUUGAAAGCAAGUGGUAUUCAGAGUCAAGGCAGUCGACAGGGAGAAAAGAAACGGAAUAUGGCCUGGCGUCCUCUGCCAAAGUCAAUCCUGCGCCGUGUUUGUGAGCUGGCUACAAUAUAUCCUUAUCCCAAAGGCCGGAAAACCAAGAUUGCACAUAUUCAUCAUGAUUCUCCAGAUAGAAGUACAGAUAUUACAUUGGGCGACUACAGAAGAAUCCUACGAAGUAUUAAUGGCAAUUGAUUCUCCUGUUAGUAUGAUUAGGCAAUUUUAUACAUAAUUUCAAAUUUCUCCCUAACAGUGCUGCCUGUCCAUCCUAAACAGCAUGUAGAACUGAGGAUUUUAGAACUAUUUGGAUUGAUUUUUGAACAGAAUUUCACAUGAUUUCAGUGACUGAAUGUCUGGUUUUGCUGACAA